CCCGCGAUGGCUGGACGCGUCACGUGAAGGGUGUGAAGGAACAAAAGAGUUCGUAUACAAGUAAUAAUCUCUAAUUUAUCAAUUAUUUUAGUUUUUUUGUUUUAAACAAACGGGAAUCUAUAUAUGACAACAUCUUCCUGGGAAUUCAACAAAGAGGAUUACAUAUUGACCAGAAGAACGGAUAAUCUGAAGAAGGCUGAUGAUCAAAUCUCAACUGAAACUGCUGCAAGACAGCUAUGCAGCUUAAGUAUUUCCAAUGAUUUGGGCUCCAUCACAUAUUUAAGGAGCACUAAGAUUUCUUAACAAAUACAAUGUCUUGGCUUUUAUCUUGGUUCAUCUCCUUACUUCUGAUACAAAAGGUGCGUGAAACAGUUAUAGAACAGACAAAUGACAGUCUAAGCUCGGUUGCGAACGCACAAGACUUUCUUCUAGCACAGCUUAAAGAAUCCUACUUCUGCCGCCAAAAAGCACUGACUUCGGAAACUAACAAAGAUGAUUUGAAAUGUCCAGCUGCUUUUGACGGAUGGGGUUGUUGGGAAGCAACGCCACCUGGUAACGUAGCGGUCAUACCAUGUCCAUCGUUUGUUCCUGAAAUAGAUAUAAAUCAAGUGGCUACGAGGAAAUGUGGUGAAAAUGGCGACUGGACCCAAGACGGAGCGUUGGGGACAAAGGUUGGAAAUUACUCGCUCUGCUUUAAUGACUCGUCAUUCUCUCGUCAGAAUGAACAACUCUCGAACCAGGACCUUAUCGAAGACUUGUUAGAUUUGUUAUACGCUUUGCCGGUGUUGCCAUAUGAAGAUACGAAUACAGAAUUGACAUUUAGCCAAUGUGUACGGGACGUGCUUUCGUCGCCUAAACCAAACAACG